AUGACAUCAUCGGGAGCGAUUCCCACGCGUCGUCGCGUCCGAGACAAUGUGGGCACCGCGCGUCGUCGAGCGUCACUGGAUCGCGUCCGAGGUCGAGAUCGCCACGUCCGCGCGGGCGUGUUCGGCACCAUGCCACGUAGGCCCGCGGAAGACACCGAGCAAUGGCGGCGCGUGGUAACGGAGCUCGUAGACGUCGUCGUCGAUGCGUUACUGGACUACGCGCCCGACCGCGCGAUGGAGGAUGUGACGGAUGAGGAGAUCAAGGCACGCGGGAUCGUGGCGCUGAGAGAUCGGAAUGCGCGACAGAACGGCGCGCGCGUGGACGCACCGUCGCAAUGGGGCUGGGGGAAGAACAGAUGGAUAUUCAUCGUGCGGCAGGAGCUCUGCGGGCGCGCACGGCGCGGCACGCGGCGACGGUCGGAUGAAGCAGCCGCUGCGUUUCUCGCCGCGCUCCCGGCGCGGGGCGAACCGCGACGGAAUCCGCCGAGCGAGGCGCCGGCUCCGACGCCGCAACGGUUCCGUGAUGACAAGAGCCGAGAUCACCCGGGAUGGCAGCUCUUCAAAGGCGUUUUCAGCGACUCGGACGUGACGCGGUUGCUUGCGUUGAAGUCAAAAGUGAAGGCUAAUGAGUGGGCGCAUCUUUUCAACAGC